CUCCGUAACGCUUCCCCGCGACUUGGCAAGAAUGAAACAAGGGCUUAGUAACCGACUCCCCAUUCCUGCCAUUUCUCCCUAUCGGUUCCCGAUCUCCUCCUCCGUCUCGCCAUGGCGUCGCCGUCGUCCUCCUCCACCGCCAUCGCCGUUGAAGCCCUAACCCCGAACGCGGCCAGCCGAGGAACCUUGAUCCCCAGCCUACCUGACGACCUUGCGGCCGUGAUCCUCGCGUCGAUCCCCUACUCCCACCAGUCCCGCCUCCGCGCCACCGCCCGGUCGUGGCGCGCCUUUCUCGCCCCGCGCGCCCUUCUCCCCCUCCGCCGCAGUCUUCGCCUCCCCUGCCGCCACCUCCUGGCCCUAUUCCCCGCCGAUCCCGCCAUCACCCCGCCUUGCCUCUUCGACCCUGCCACCGCUGCCUGGGCCCUGCUGCCCCCGCUCCCCUGCAGCCCCUACCUGUACGGCCUCUCGAACUUCGUACCUGUCGCCCUCGGCCACCACCUCUACGUCCUCGGCGGGUCCCAGUUCGACGCCCGUUCCUACCCCCUCGGGCACCCCAUCGCCUCCGCCGCCGUCCACCGCCUCGACCUCACCGCUCCUCCGACGCUCUCUUGGGACCACCUCCCUGACAUGCUCUUCCCCCGUGGCAGCUUCGCCUGCGCGCCGUUGCGCCCAUCAGACGGUGCCAACAACGAUGAGGGCACGAUCAUCGUCGCUGGCGGCGGCUCACGCCACACGAUGUUCCCCUCCGUGGGCAGCCGGAUGAGCUCCGUGGAGUGCUACUGCGUUCGAUCUGGUGAGUGGAGAAUAUGGACAGGGCUGCCGAGGGACAGGGCAGGGUCCGUGGGGUUUUUGGUCAGGAGGGAAGCCGGGGAGGAGGACGAAUUCUGGGUUAUGGGAGGUUACGGUGACUACAGGACGUUGGCAGGAGUGGUGCCAGCGGAUGUGUACUACAAAGACGCUAUGGUGCUAGGCCUUAGGAGUGGGAAAUGGAGGGAAGUGGAAGCCAUGUGGGAGGAAGGGGAGCGAAGGAAACUGGGGGCAGUAGUGGCACUUGAUGGAGAAGAUGGUCAGACGAAGGAGAUAUUUAUGCUCGACACAAAUGAUAUAUUCAGAUAUGACUUUGUUUUAAACCGUUGGAUAAAAGAGUCUAGCUUGCGAAAGAAGAUUCCAGGUAGCAGCUCAUGUUCGUUUGUUGCUAUGAAUGGAGAAUUGUAUGUGCUGACAACAGCAAUACAGAGUCUUGAUAUAUCGGACCAUCGGAGAAUGCCCAAGAAAAGAUGGACUUUAGAUAUUCAAAUAUACAACCCUGAAAAGAAGAGGUGGAGAUUCAUGACAACAAACCCACCUUUCAAUCAAACCAUUGAUUUCAAAACUGUAAUCACAUGCACAAUUCGACUGUAAUGUUCUGGGCGUCCUGCACCUUUUAUAAGUGGUCAAAGCUUGUAGAUCUUUCAUUUUCUCAACCCUGUAAUAGAUAUUACGUGUAGGAUAUGUUGGUCAGGGCAUUGAGUACUGAUGUAUAGCUGCAUACUGUUGGUCGAGGGUUAAGGUAAUUAUUGUAUAUCAAAACUUGGGACGAUUCAAUCUAUGUACAUAUUUUUGUAUUUAAGCCUCUCCUGGUUGUGUCCUUGUAUUCAAGGCAGAGACAGUACUACUUGUAAUUAUGUAGGUCAAAGCGUUUAUUUGGU